GUAAAACUGUUUUACAGCAUUAACUAUUAGACUCGAUCAGUAGCAGUGGUGGUCCAGAAGGACCAACUUGCUACUGUGUGCAAUUUUUUACUUUCCUCCCAAAUUAAACAGCUAUAAAUAAGCCUGAAAUUCAAAACAAAUCAAAUUACUUCUUCUUUUUCUUUUUUUAGUAGGUGCGAUGUGUACACAGCUGAGAGAAAUAUUUGUGAAAAUAUGAGGACAGCUCCCCUCUGAGUACACAGGGUACAGUAUAAUCUGGGCAAGACCUGGCGGGGUUAUGUGCUUGCAUGUGUGUGUUUGCUUAAGUGUGUUUUUGGAGGUCGGCUGCCUCUUCCUUCACUGAGCCCCUCACACCACAGACCUCAGUGAACCAGCAGAAGAUCAGCAGCAUCUCAUUGCACAGCUUCACAGACUAUUCACAGGAGGGCGACAUGAAGCUGCUGGUGUUGCUCGGUAUUGUCUUCUGCCUCUUUGCCUGUCAUCUCAGUGAGGCCAGGAUCAUCCCAGAAGGAGUGCCUUAUGAUGAACCACCAGCUGUUCCCUACUGGCCGUACACCACCUCUGACUUCUGGAACUACAUUGAGUACUUCAGAUCCAUCGGUGCCUACAACUACAUCAAUGAGAUGGCCCGGGCCUUCUUCGCCCACCAGCCCAUAGGAGACACUCUAGGAUAUGAGACCAAUGCAGGACAUGAACACUAAGAGAGGUGCUAGACCCAAAAGAGAGAAAAAGUAACAAGAGCAUGACAUGAGAAAAAAAAAUGUUAUCAUGAGGGUUUAUUAAAGGGAAAUAAGGAAAUUAUUAUAAAUAUGAAACAAAAGGGGGAUGUGAAAAGGAACACAGUUUUUUUUAGUAGCUUAGUCACAUAUAUACAAUAGAAUUAGACAUAAAUAGCUCUCUUAUUGUCAUAUAAAGUGCCACAAAUAAAUAAACAAACCAUUCUUCAAAUAUGUAAUGGAG